AAGGCGACAUAAACCAGCGGCUCCUCGGCAGGUGGACUUCCCGUUCGGUAUCGGAUAUGGAGGCGAUGACACAGUGCAGAUACCAGUAUGAAGAUUACAAGGAGACGGCUGACUGGAUUCUGGCUCAAACGAAUCAACGUCCCAAAGUGGCCAUCAUCUGUGGCUCAGGUCUCGGUGGCCUGGCUGACCUGCUGGAGGAUAAGACUGUGUUUCCAUAUGAGAGCAUUCCACGGUUCCCCACCAGCACCGUGCAGGGCCACGCGGGGAAGCUGGUGUUUGGGAAGCUUCAGGGACGCGAGUGUGUCUGCAUGCAGGGCCGAUUCCACUUCUACGAGGGCUACGACAUGCACACGGUGACGUAUCCGGUGCGGGUCUUCUCCCUGCUGGGCGUUGAGACUCUGAUUGUGACAAACGCAGCAGGGGGAGUCAAUGAAGCCUACAGCGUGGCAGACAUCAUGCUCAUUAAGGACCACAUCAACAUGCCGGGCUUUGCGGGACAAAACCCUCUGUGUGGCCACAACGACGAGCGGUUUGGAGUGCGUUUCCCCUGCAUGUCGGACGCCUACGACCGCAGGCUGAGGGACCUUGCCAAGCAAACGGCGGCAGAGCAGGGCUGCGGCAGCUUCCUGCAGGAAGGAGUUUACUGCAUGCUGGCGGGACCCACGUAUGAGACCAUCGCAGAGUGCAGAUUCCUGCAGACUCUCGGGGCGGACGCCGUGGGUAUGAGCACGGUCCCAGAGGUGGUGGUGGCUCGUCACUGCGGCCUGCGUGUCCUGGGACUUUCCCUCAUCACCAACAAGGUCGUGACGGACUACGACAGCGAGGAGAAAGCGAACCACGAAGAGGUGCUGCAGACCACCAAGCGCCGGGCCCGGGACCUUCAGAGGCUCGUCAGACACCUCGUCACCAAGAUCUAG